AUGGCGACCAAGUACGAUCUACCAUUCAAACUGAGUGACCCAACUCUUUUACAUUUCGACUCUUUCAUCGGAGAUAAAUGGGUUGAAGCGAGAAGUGGAAAGCGAUUUGAAGUGCUCGACCCCGGCACCGACAAGGCAUGGGCAAGCUGCCCCGCAAACUCGACAGAUGAUGUGAACACGGCUGUCGAAACGGCAAACUCUGCUUUCGAGGACUUCCGGAAGGUGAAUCCGCGCCAACGCGCCAAAUGGCUCCUCAAAUGGUGGGAGCUGACAACAGCGGCAAGAGAUGACCUGGCUCAAAUCGUGACCCAUGAGACGGGAAAACCGCUUUUUGAAGCUUAUGGAGAGUUGGAUUACUCACUUGGCUUUUUGUGGUGGUUUGCUGGCGAGGCAGAGCGCAUCCACGGCAGCGUGGCAGUCCCUGCCGCGCCCAAUCGCCGACUGUUCACCAUCAAGCAACCUAUCGGUGUUGCGGCUGCGCUGGUGCCAUGGAACUUCCCAGUGGCCAUGGUGCUCCGUAAGGUUGGUGCUGCUAUGGCGGCUGGUUGUACAAUGGUGGUUAAGCCCAGUCCCGAGACACCCAUUUCGGCACUUGUGCUCGCAGAGUUGGCGCGUCGUGCGGGUAUCCCGGCCGGUGUACUGAACAUUUUGACGACAGACCUGGAGAACACGCCAUCUCUCAGCGAGGCACUGUGCAAACAUCCGCUCGUGAAGAAGGUGACCUUUACAGGAUCGACCCGAGUGGGAAAGUUGGUCGCCAUGCACUGCGCUCACGGUCUCAAAAAGGUAACCCUGGAGCUGGGCGGUAACUGCCCAUUCAUUGUCUUCGAUGACGCCAAUCUCGACCAAGCGAUUGAACAACUCAUGGCUUUAAAGUGGCGUCACGCCGGUCAAGCAUGUAUCACAGCAAAUCGUAUCUAUGUCCAAGCAGGCAUCUAUGACCAUUUUGCCGCUCUGCUAAAGGAGCGCACCACUGCUCUAGUGGUUGGCCAUGGGUCUGAUUCUGACACCACAAUGGGUCCAUUGACCACUCCACGCAGUAUUGAUAAGGCCUUGGCCCAGGUUGAAGAUGCGCGACGCCUGGGUGCGGAAGUACUUUUGGGUGGCAAAGCAAUGACUUCCCGCCCGGGAUACUUCUUCGAGCCUACCAUUCUGUCUGGAAUGACAGAGCAAAUGCAAAUAUCACAGGAAGAGUCCUUUGCUCCCAUUGCCGCACUUUAUCGCUUCGAAACCGAGGAAGAGGCAGUGAAGAUGGCCAAUGCCACCAGUAUGGGCUUGGCUAGCUACGCUUUCACUAAGAAUGUUGAUCGUGUGUGGCGCCUGUUCGAAAACUUGGAAGCUGGUAUGAUUGGGAUGAACACAGGUAACCAAUCUGCUGCCGAGUCGCCAUUUGGAGGUAUCAAGGAGUCUGGCUAUGGCAAGGAGAGCGGUAAAGAGGUAGCGGUCAACGAGUAUUUGGUCACUAAAACAGGUACAUUGACCAUUGAAGGACAAUACUAG